AACAUUUUCGUUCGUACCAAACACACCCCUUGUUAGUUCAUAAAAUCAAUAGCAAUUUUAUUGGUUGAUCAAUUCAAUAUUUUUGCACACCCCUAAAUUUAACUGAUUAUUUUGAACCAAAUCGAAACAUGAUGACCAUUUUUGAAGAGGUCGAACAAUAAUACUGUGGUGAUUGAAGCGAAGUGGGGAGAGCUGAAGAGGAAGAAACUGGAAAUGGAAAGGGAAGAAGCCAAGAGGAGAUGUACAUCCCUCAAAAAUCGUAUUCAAACUUUUAUUGCAACUCCUCAGAAAUCCUCAUGGAAAACUACCCUUUUGAGGCUAAUCAACUCUGAACUCUCCUUCCUCAAUCGCCUUUCCCUGUCCAACAACAACGUCAAACUCAGCACCAACAUCGGAUACCUCGAAUCAAUCGUCCACAUUCUUGAAAACCCACUAGUUACAUCAGUCUCCCGUGUCUGUAAACCCAUUUCCAUUUCAUCAAAACUGAGUGUUUAUAUAGAUGUAAUUUGCUCUUUUAAUGGAAAACCAGUUUGGUUUGUUGUAUCUGACAGGAACCCCAAGUAUGUUUCUUGGGAAGAUUCGGGGAAUACUAGGAAUUGGAAGGGUUUAAGAAGGAAAAUUCAAGAAUUAUUGUUUGCUGCUUUGGAGGCAUCUGUUAUGGUGAGACCUUGUUCUGUUGUUCUUUUUUUUGCUAAUGGACUUGAAAGUUGUGUUCUUGAAAAGGUUAGAGAUGAAUUUGGUGCUACUAAUUUGGGGUUUGGGUUUUGUGAUUUUUUUGAUUGUGAGUUUGUUGAUGAAUUGGAGGAUUGGGUAACUGUAAUGGGGAGGUCUUUUGAAAAGGCUUGUGUUUUGGAAAUAAAGGUUGAAUCUUUUUCGUCUAGCAGUCGAAUUGCCGACUCUAGGAGAGAGGUGAAAUUGCGGGAUAAAGAUGGAGAAAUGUUGACAGGCUUAUCUGGGAAUGCUAGUGAUGAUGUAAAGUUGGGUGAUUCGUUUUGUGCUCUUGUCGCAGCGUUGAGGAGUUGGUCCGGUUUUGGUGGUGAAGAAGAAACUGAAUUGGUUAAUUUUGAUACGACAGCAUUGGUUGCUAUAGUGUCUGGGAUUUGUAAUGGGGGUAUUGAUCGAAUUCUGGCUACUCCGGAGAGUGAGUUGAGGAGUCGGUUCAAGGCAAAUUAUGAGUUCAUGAUUGGACAGGUGAAUGCUGAAAUGAAGAAGCCAAUCCACAUGGAGCUGAUGCCCGUGAUAUCGCAAAAGAGAGGCAUGGUUUGUCAAAGUGUUUGUUCAGAAUUUCAGGAGCUUGUUUCAAUGUGUGGUGGGCCUAAUGAGAGGUCUAGAGCAGAGCACUUUCUGAACCGUCUUAGGGUUGUGCCUGAUUGCCCAUCAGAACGGCUUACCAGCCUUCCAACAACCAGAAAACUGGCUUCAAAAAACAAGGUGACUUUUGGAACCGGAGAUUAUUGGCAUGCUCCUACUAUAACUGCAAACAUGGCAUUUGUCAGAGCUGUUUCACAGACAGGAAUGUCCCUGUUUACCAUAGAGCAUACACCGCGAGCCUUGGUAGGUGAUUAAUCCCCUUGGCAAAUGUAAUUGGAAAACAGAUGUUGUUCCUAAUCCUGAUGCUCCAUUGGUGUAAUGGAACUGACAAUUUUCUGUUAAAAGAGAUGUUGAGAUACCCAAGCAUGACACAUCGUUUGGACUAGGAAAUUGUGAAACUUGCUUGGCUAUUACACUUGUAUAUAUCAGACAAGCAGAAAUAUUUUCAUGAGCUUUUGUAUGUUAGCUUGUAUGAUGCUUCUUAGGUAAUAAAGGAUGGGGCCUCAGUUAUCUUAA